UAGGCCUCAGCCUCCGCGUUUGAGGUCGCUCUUUUAGCGUCUCCGCGUGUCAGAGAGCUGGAGAAUGAUGGUGUUAAAAGUCUCCUGCGCAAGUUCUCUCCGAGCCUGAAGAGGUUAAGGGUUAAACCUGAACUCUGCCGCCAAAUGCAAAGAGUGGUCCUCUAUUGGCUCAAGAUUGAAAUAGCAUGUUUUUCGGCUCUAUACCCCGUAACUAUCCCACUGGGGAAGAAUGGCUGUCCUGGAGAAGCAUGUCGUGAUCACACUGUGGAUGUAGCACUGGCUUGAACCUAACAAGUCCAUCUUCAAGCAAAUGAAAUGUACCUCUUGUUCCUGCAAAUUAAGAGAGACAUUUUCCACGGCCGACUGCUCUGCUCCUUUUCAGACGCUGCCUACCUGGGUGCCUGUAUUGUUCAAGCUGAGCUCGGUGAUUAUGAUCCUGAUGAGCAUCCUGAGAAUUACAUCAGUGAGUUUGAGAUUUUCCCCAAGCAGUCGCAGAAGCUGGAAAGAAAAAUAGUGGAAAUCCAUAAAAGUGAACUCAGAGGCCAGAGCCCACCGGUUGCUGAAUUUAACUUACUCCUGAAAGCUCACACUUUGGAAACCUAUGGGGUGGAUCCCCACCCAUGCAAGGAUUCAACAGGCACAACAACAUUUUUAGGAUUCACUGCUGCAGGCUUUGUGGUAUUCCAGGGAAAUAAGAGAAUCCAUUUGGUAAAAUGGCCGGAUGUCUGCAAGUUGAAGUUUGAAGGAAAGACAUUUUAUGUGAUUGGCACCCAGAAGGAGAAAAAAGCCAUGUUGGCAUUCCAUACUUCAACACCAGCUGCCUGCAAACAUCUUUGGAAGUGUGGGGUGGAGAACCAGGCCUUUUAUAAGUAUGCAAAAUCGAGUCAGAUCAAGACUGUGUCAAGCAGCAAGAUAUUUUUUAAAGGAAGUAGAUUUCGAUAUAGCGGUAAAGUUGCCAAAGAGGUGGUGGAGGCGAGCUCUAAAAUCCAGAGGGAGCCUCCGGAGGUGCACAGAGCCAGCAUUACCCAGAGCCGCAGCUCGCACUCCUUGAACAAACAGCUCAUCAUUAACAUGGAGCCCCUGCAGCCCCUGCUACCUUCCCCCAGUGAGCAGGAGGAGGACCUUGCGCUGGGUGAGGGUAUUCCCUUACCCAAAGAAGACAAUAUUUCUGCCCCCUUGAUCUCCAGCUCACCGGUGAAGGAAGCCCGGGAGUAUGAGAAGCCCCCCCGCGAGGAGGAAGAUAAAAUAAGAGAAGAGCCCUUGACCAUCUCUGAACUGGCAUACAACCCGAGUGCCAGCCUGCUCCCCACCCCCGUUGACGAUGACGAGAUUGACAUGCUCUUUGACUGUCCAUCUAGGCUGGAGCUGGAAAGAGAAGACACAGAUUCGUUCGAGGAACUGGAAGCAGAUGAAAAUGCCUUUUUGAUGGCUGAAGAAGAGGAGCUGAAGGAGGCUCACCAAGCUUUGUCGUGGAGCUAUGACAUUCUGAGCAGCCAUAUUCGGGUGAACCCACUGGUCAAGAGUUUUUCCAGGCUCCUGGUGGUGGGCCUGGGGCUGCUGCUCUUUGUAUUCCCCCUGCUCCUCCUCCUUUUGGAGUCAGGUAUUGAUCUCUCCUUCUUAUGUGAAAUUCGCCAGACGCCCGAGUUUGAGCAGUUUCACUAUGAAUACUAUUGUCCUCUCAAGGAGUGGGUGGCUGGCAAAGUAAACCUUAUUCUCUACAUGCUGGGUUGCUCAUAAAGUUCAUAUCCCAUAUGACUAAGGGCUAUAUUCAAUACUAGUGAUUUGUUUUCUUCAGCAAAUGCCUGGUUCUGAAUGGUCCCAGGGCCAGCAACAGGUGUUCCUUACUCAUAACUGAUUAUUCAAACCUUUAAGUUAGCUUUCCAUAAUUCACUGCAGUUAAAUAAGUUUAAAUCAAAUACAUUUACUUUAGUUACAGUUCAGGAAGAUGGCCUUUAAAUAACCAAAAGUAUGUUUAUUUUUUAUUAUAGUACAGACAUACUCUUUAUCUAGUAUAUCAUAAUACAUAACACAUUGAGCUGAAUGAGAUUUCCCCUUUUU